AUGCAUAAUUUUUUAACUGCAGUUCAUCCAGAUGUUGAUGUUAAAGAAAAAGUUAAUAUUAUGUAUUAUUUAGAAAACGAAUUAUUAAUUAUUGGCAAACAACAUGAAUUCGAGGCAGUUAUAACAGCGAAUGCGGGCAGCGUCACAAAAGAUUUUGCUGAAUAUAUAUUGAAAUACGAUAUUAAUGAUAAAGAAUAUCCGUAUAACUAUAGAGAGAAAAAUGGAUGUCAAGUAUUUGAACAUGCAACAUUAAACGAUACAAUUGUAGUUAGUGUAAAAUAUUUAGCAAAAUAA